AUGGGCAAUGAUCAGGCUGUCCUCGCAUCCCUCCUCACUAAGCUCUCUAAUACCUUCAAAAUUAGGGAUCUUGGUGAGUCUGGAUUUUUUCUAGGGAUUGAAACAGUCAAGUGUGCUGAUGGUGUGCUUCUUUUGCAGCACAGGUAUAUGACUGACAUAUUGAAACGGGCUGGUAUGACAGACUACAAGCCUCUGGCUACUCCCAUUGCUACGUCUUUGCCUACAUCUGUAAGUACUGAGCCAUAUGAUGAUCCCACACAGUACAGGAGCAUUGCAGGUGCAUUGCAAUAUUUGACUGUUACGAGACCUGAUCUGUCCUUUGCAGUGAAUCUUCUUUGUCAGCACAUGCAUGCUCCGACUACUGCACAUUGGGAACAACUCAAGCGUGUUCUCAGGUAUGUCAAGGGUACUCUUUCUAUGGGCCUGUGUUUGAGACAGUCUAGUUCCAGUGAUCUACAUGCAUUCUCAUAUUCUGACUGGGCUGGCUGUCCUACGGAUAGAAGGUCGACUAGUGGCUAUGCUGUUUUUCUCGGGACCAAUCUCGUGUCCUGGGUGUGCAGAAAGCAGAAAACUGUUGCUAGGUCAUCUACUGAGGCUGAGUACAAAGCUCUAGCAGACGUCUGUGCUGAAGUUAUAUGGAUUCUCUCUCUGCUGCGAGAGAUUGGUGUUUCUCCUCUGCCAGUGCCCAAGCUAUGGUGUGACAAUCUUGGUGCCACCUAUAUGUGUGCCAAUCCUAUUUUUCAUGCUCGUACAAAGCAUAUAGAGAUUGACUAUCAUUUUGUGCGGGAUAGAGUUGCGGCAGGAGACAUUCAGGUGAAUUUUAUCCCCACCAAGGAUCAGGUUGCAGACAUCUUCACCAAGCCACUGGCAGAACCCAGGUUUUCUUUCUUGAGAGACAAGCUGCAGGUUACUUCCGUACCCUCCGCUUGA